CAAUGACAGCAAUGAAAGAGGUUCAUCAAACUGACCGAUCACAUCUUUGAGGAGAUCUUAUACUCCACUGAUGACGAGCUGAAAGAUGCCCGUAUGAAGCUUGAGGAUGUUGUGAGGAGACGCCUGCCGAAGUGUGUGGGAGAGACUAGAAUAACAGAAACUGAACACAAAGACAACCGGAUCUUAGAGAAUGAGUGGAAUAAAGCAGUGGACGAGUGGAACAUUCUCCCAACUCUGUUGUUGGAUAAGAAGGAUUUCUUCAUUGAAACUAUUAAACUGGACUAUAGUGACAAGAAGACUAAAACCCCCAUCAAGAAUGUCUAUUUCUACAGGAAGAGAAACCCCACUGAUGGCAUCAAAAUUAAGGAUUAUGAGAAAUCCAGUCUGCUGCCAGAGGAGUAUACUGAAUAUGUUGGUCGGGUUUACUACACAAAAAAAUCAGACAAGGAGGAGAGGGAUGCUAAGGAGUGCUUCAGAUGGUGGCGUCUCAGUAAGGACCGGAUGUGUAUGAUUCUGGUCUUCGAUCAGGAAGAGUUUAGAGGAAAUUGGCGCUUGAUCACAGAAGACUGUCCAUCAUUGGACCACUGUGGUAUAAUAGAGGUCCGCUCUUGUAAGGUGCUCAGUGGUGAGUGGGUUCUCUAUGAGGGUCCUCACUACAAGGAACCCAGUUACCGACUGCAGGAUCCAGAGUAUCGAAACCCUGAGGCUUGGGGUCCCAAUGGCAACACUGCUCCUGCUCUGUCUGUUAAACGUAGCACAGAAUCAGUUCUAUAACUCCAUCCAUCUGUUGCCCUCAUUCAUCUUUAAAGUAGGGCUGUGAGUUUAAUUUGAUGUUUAAUUAUCAUUUCUAAACAUAAAUAGUGUAAUCAGUGAUUUGUAUUGCUGUCACAAUCAUGUAAUAUCUUUUACUUUUUUAUUUUAAAGGUUUUCUCUGCAAAUGGUAAUAUAUACACUGAAUUGAGAAUAACUUGAUUAAUUACUUAGCAUAUCAUGCAAUUAAUUUGAUUUAGCAGAUGCUUUUAUCCAAAGUGACUAGAAAAUAAGGAACAUCAGGAUUAAAUUACAACUGAUUGACCGCUAUUGAAGCCACACUUGACCAUAUGAGAUUAUUUUGUGAAUAAAUGUUGUGGCAGAUGCUGCUGACAAAGAGUAAAUCAAUCGUA